AUUUGAAGUUAUAGAUUAACUAGUCUCCUCUGGGUUUGAUGGCGGAACAGUAGGCAACUGGGAUUCAGCUGUUGAAACCAGUGCGCAAUGUGUUGUGUUAUGUGGCGUAUUGUUACCAUUUUGGUGUUUUCUGCUGCCUUCAUGCUGCUUGGGAGCCAUGAAGCUUCAGUGUUUUACAGCAGCCAAGAAGCAAAUCAAGUGCUGAAAAUCCAGAAGCGGGCAAAUAGUUUCUUGGAAGAAAUAAAGCCUGGUUCAUUGGAGCGGGAAUGUCGAGAAGAGCAGUGUGAUUUUGAGGAAAUCUAUGAGAUAUUUCAAGUCAAGGAAAUAAGUUUGGAUUAUUGGACAAAGUAUUACGAUGGAGAUCAGUGUACACCCAACCCAUGUUUCAAUGGAACCUGUCGUGACGGAAUUGCGAAUUUCAAGUGCAUUUGUAACGAAGGCUGGGAGGGAUCCGUCUGCCAAUCUGAGGUCCUGCAUACCAACUGUUCUAUUGACAAUGGGGGUUGUGAGCAUUUCUGUGAAGAGGCACAAAAGGAUGACGAGUCCUACCGUUACUGCAGCUGUGCUUCCGGCUACCGUCUGGCAUCCAAUCAUACGUCUUGUGAACCUCUUGGUGAAUACCCCUGUGGAAAAAUUGUGGAGCAAGAGCCAAAGAUUGCUAAAAUAGUUGGGGGUAAAACUGGACGAAAAGGAGACAGUCCCUGGCAGGUUAUGCUGAAAAACAGUAAGGGCAAGUUCACGUGUGGUGGAACGCUCAUUCACCCCAGCUGGGUGCUAACAGCUGCUCACUGUUUGAGAGGGCAAUCAAGGAUCAAACUUGCAUUUGGUAAAUACUAUCGCCGGCUAGAAAAAGAUGUACAAGAAAUAGUCGCUGACACCCUAUUGCCUCAUGAGAAUUAUUCUGCCAUCACCUCCGAUAAUGACAUAGCCUUGUUGCACCUUGCCCACCCAGUUUCCAUUGACAGGUUCAAGCUGCCCAUUUGCCUGCCUUCCAAGAAUCUGGCAACCCAGGAGCUGAUGAAAGAAGGGACAAAGACAGUGGUGACAGGCUGGGGCAAGAGGAGCGAGGAAAAAUAUAAUUUCUCCUCUGUCCUCCAGUAUAUUGAAAUCCCUUUGGUCCCACGGAAUGACUGUAUCAAUGCUAUGUGGAAUGCUAUCUCUGAUAACAUGCUGUGUGCGGGGAUACAGGGAGACAGUCGGGAUGCCUGUGAUGGGGACAGCGGUGGCCCUAUGGUCACAAAAUUCAAGAGCACCUGGUUCCUGAUCGGAUUAGUAAGCUGGGGAGAAGGCUGUGGGAAACUUGAUAACUAUGGAAUCUACACGAAGGUCAGCUCCUAUCUUGACUGGAUUGAGGAAAAAAUGAAACAAGGUGUUUCUCACACAAACUAAGUUGCAAAAAAGAGGAGGGCAGCAAGACCUGCACCAUAGUAUGCCCAGUGUUUUUUAUUUGCUAAUAUAUGCAGAAGGUGCAAAGUGAGCAUGUGGUGCCUUUUAUAUUUCUUCCCCACUAUACACGUCAGGAAAGACGGCAGCCCCCCGACAAGUUACCCAGCAGGGCCUGCUGGGAGCAGGGGGUUUUGAGAAGAAUGUUAGACUGAGCAGAACUUGGGCUGAUCCACCAAAUAUUUCUUAUGACACUAAGCGAUUGUGUGUAUGUGUCAUAGAUUAGAAGUGUAUUAAUUGCUU